AUGUCUUCGGCUGCCGUUCAGCAGAGCACGCCACAGCAGUACAAUGAUCGUUACGGCUACAGCGCCGCCGCCGCCCUAUCAUCCAGCCCUCCUUCCUCCCGACGCACAGCGAGACCCAGCGGUGCAAAUGAAUCGCCAACACCUACCCCUCAGCAUUCUCAGUUCGCCUCGCCUUCCAGCGCGCUGCUCAUGUCGUCCCCACGAGGCCCUGCCGCUUCUCCCGCCAGCCAGGCUUCGCCCGGUGAGCCUUUGAGUAGCUCGACAUACCAGCAAUUCUACCCCGACACCGCAAGCCCCGCGCCCGCAUUCGCCUUGCCCAUUCGCUCCUCUUCUCAACAAGCUCCGACCUCCAUAGCGGCGGUAGCGUCCGACAGCCGUGCCUACGCUCCAAACACAUCCUAUGGCGAUAGCGGCGGCUAUGAGGCAGCGAGUGACCAAGAAAGAGCAAGCGACAAUGACCGCCGACAGAUGUCGCCAAAGUCCCCGCAGGACUCGAGCAGAGGCCAACGGUCACGCCAAGCUCCCACACAGAGCCGGUCGGCCACGGCAGUCGGACAGCCCCCUGUCGACACCUCCCUUCCACGUGAGAAUAGCGCCAUCAUCAACCACAUAGUAGUGGAUGAUCCGAAAGCGGACAUCGCGCGCGAACAAGCACGCAUCGCCGAGUCUCAGCCUAAUCAGCAUGGCUCGAUAAUGCCUCCAAUGGUGGAUCAGACCGUUCCCGCAGAGCCCGAGCAGAAGCAUCGAAGUCGACAGGAGCACUUGAAGCAGCAGUCCCACCGGAAAGAGGUGAAGUUUGGGGAUUACAUUCUCGGGCAAACACUGGGUGAGGGAGAGUUCGGAAAGGUCAAGAUGGGCUGGAAGAAGGACAGCAGUGUGCAGGUGGCCAUCAAGCUCAUCCGAAAGGAAUCGCUGCAAAGCAACGCCAAUCGCCUGCCCAAAAUCUACCGUGAGAUUUCCAUUCUUCGAGAACUUCAGCAUCCCAACAUCGUUCGCCUGCACGAAUUCGUGGAAACGGAACGGCAUAUGGGCAUCAUCCUGGAAUACGCGUCGGGGGGCGAGCUUUUCGAUUACAUCCUCAACCACCGCUACCUCAAAGAUCCCCAGGCGAGACGCCUCUUCGCUCAGCUGGUGUCGGGUGUCGGAUAUUUGCACAAGAAGGGCAUCGUGCAUCGAGAUCUCAAGCUGGAGAAUCUUCUGCUCGACCGGAACAAGAACAUCAUCAUCACGGACUUUGGCUUUGCCAACACCUUUAAUCCUAAUGACGAACUGGGGGAGAAGGUGGAGGAGCGCAUCCACGACAAGGACUUUGUGAAACGAGAGAGACUCGGCGAGCCCAAUGCGGAAGGGAUGCGAAGGGGUGACCUGAUGCAGACAAGUUGCGGGAGUCCAUGCUACGCCGCACCAGAGCUUGUGGUCUCGGAUGGGCUGUAUACGGGGAGAAAGGUGGACGUAUGGAGCUGCGGCGUCAUUCUGUACGCAAUGCUCGCGGGCUAUCUACCAUUCGAUGACGAUCCAGCGAAUCCGGAGGGCGACAACAUCAAUCUACUGUACAAAUACAUCGUUUCGACGCCGCUGACAUUCCCGGAGUAUGUCACGCCCCACGCUCGCGACCUACUCCGCAGAAUACUCGUCCCCGACCCGAGGAAGCGAGCAGACCUGUUCGAAGUUGCACGGCACAGCUGGCUGAGCGAGUACAGCCAUGUCGUAGGCUUCAUUGGCAGCAGCACUAAGAGCGACGUGGACAUCGCAGCAUCUGCAAUGCGCCAGAACGAAGAGCCCAGUCUUGGACGAAGUGCGUCUGUUAGAGAACCUACGACCAGAGCACCUGCUUCAGCGGGUGGGAUCACGCACCAGUCAACGCGCGUGGAGGAUGCUCAGGGCGCUGCCUCGGCCACGACACGAGAUGCCAAACGCAGGACUGUACAGGUGGAGUACGUGGCGCCGAGAGACAGCACGACGCGAAGCGAGGCAAGUCCUGCGGCCGCAAGCGUUGCUUCGCCCACCGCAACAAACAGCGCCGGUAAAACGAGAGCCCGAGGAGACUCUUCUGGUCCGGUGGAAGUCACUCCCAGCACGAGGCGAGAAGCGCCGGUGCCGCGGAAAGAAGUCCCACCAGCGUCGCAGCCCCAGGUCAUGCCGCCUCCUUCGAGACCCGCACGGUCUCAGAUCAGAGCCGCGUCAGACCACCCGUCGUAUGCGAUCCAGGGAACACCAUCCGCCUCUCGACCGAACACGAGUGGUACGCUUGGAUCUGCAAGACUGCCGUCCCGAGGCAACUCGUACAGCCAGCCGGCGAUAGCGACACCCACCAACACGAACGCACAAGCCCAAUUCUCUCGACCCAAGUCUGGCUCUGGAUAUAUCAUCUCGGGGCCGAUAGCGAACGAGCCGACCACAGCCACCGACGGUAGCCGUCCUGCAAGCCAACAGAACUUGGCGCAGUACCAGCAACAAGCAGAAUCGCAAGAUCGCAGUCACAAGCGGUCGAGCACUCUGGGUAGUAUAGGAGAUCGUCUCUUGGGCCGUAGCUCUUCACGUUCACGUCGCGCCUCGCAGCAACCCGAUCCGGCAACGGGAGAGAAGAAGAUUCGCAAGUACCCGCCAGUGAGCAUGCGCAAUGCCAUGCCAUACAGCAACGAAGACGCACAGCCACGACCUUCCACGGAGAGCAGCCGGCGGCCCAGUUUUGGCUUCAACCGCAAGACUUCCGAUACCGCAUCCGACACGAAACGUUCGUCACGCCGCUUCUCUUUCCUGCCAAGUGGCUUCAGCAUGAGCAGCUUCACCGGCAAGUCGUCGGAAAGCAGACCCGCGAGCAAGGGAUACGGCUAUGGGCUGAAUUCGUCGCGAGCGGCGAGCGAGAGUACUAACAGUAUGAUGCAAACGUAUUCCGAUCCGAGUCAGCGGCCCAUCACCACGGCAAAUUCGCAGCGAAAGCAGUCUGGGACGUACGAGAAGGCACUUCCCCAGCCUCCGAAUCAAGAUUAUUCCCGGCCGGGUACUACGCAGACACUGUCAGGCCUACCAGCGAGUCAAAGCAUCUCCAGCCCAUCGAAGCCGCAGAGCUUCUCCAACCCACCAUCGGUGCAACGCAAGCAGUACCGCGACGAUGGGUACGGCAGCAACGCACUGGAAGCCUCGCAAGAUCCAGUGGAACGCUUCUACACCCCCACGGGCGGCGAGGCACAUGCAUCUCCCGCGACCAGUCAACAGCCACAGCAACAGGGGUACGCGAAUUACUACGACGUCGUACGUCCGCAGCAGGCGCCGUACAGCGGUCAGUACCAGGCAGCGGAGCAGAGUGGGAGGCAGCAGCAGCAGCAGCAGCAGCAGCAGCCAUCGUCGCAGUUCCGACCGAAUCAGCGAAACUUUUCGGAACAGUACGACCGCGGCCACAGCGGCAGUUCGAGCGCGACGAGACGCGUGAUGGAUUUUUUCCGCCGACGGGCAAAGGAGCGAGAGUGA